GCCCCGCUCAUGUCUCAAUACGCCCCCAAGUCGGACUUCAAGACGGCUUUGGACAGCAGUCCCGAGGCCAACACUGAGGAUGACAAGACCGAGGAGGACGUGCCCAUGCCCAAGAACUACCUGUGGCUCACCAUCGUCUCGUGCUUUUGCCCCGCGUACCCCAUCAACAUCGUGGCUUUCGUCUUCUCCAUCAUGUCUCUGAACAGCUACAACAAUGGAGACGUGGAAGGAUCCAGGCGGCUUGGGAGGAAUGCCAAGUGGGUGGCCAUUGCCUCCAUCAUCAUCGGCCUUCUCAUCAUCGGUAUUUCUUGUGCAGUUCACUUCGCAAGGAAAUCCUGAGCAGCCGGCAGUCGCCCCACGCAAGGAGGGUGGACCUCAUCCACACACACCCCAGAGGAGUUUCUGAGGAAUGGAUCCUGACUUCCGACUGUGAGAUCUUUUCCUCCAGGACUCUCCAGAGGCAGGUCCCUGGCAAAUGAACUUUAAAGUCCAAAAUGAAGGAAAACCAAGCAGCACAGCCAGAUCUGCCAGCCAUUGAUUUUUUUUUAAUCAAAUCUCACUGUUUCAGUUUAGCAAAAGCCAUUGUGUCCAUUCCUCUUCUCCAGAGAUGAGCCUCAGGAAAUCCCAUUACUUUUCGGGGGGAGGAGGGGUGGAGGGAGUUCUAGGAAGAGCAAUGGAUGAUGGUAUUUGCAGCAUGUUUACCGUUGUCUAAUAGAGCUGAGUCUGUGCAUUUUUUCCUUUUAUUUUUACAUGUGGUAGCUUCGCUUCAAUCUUCAGUAGCUCCUCCCUUAUCAAAGACAAAUACAGGAGCCUCUGGCCAUUGGUCUUGGCCCAGUUUUCCUAAAGGCCCCCUUCCCUGCUUGCAUCCACCGUUGGUCAACUUGACCUGGACCUCACUCUCCACCCCAACAGAGAGAACGUAGUGGUCAAUUCUAGGUACAUAAGCACCCUCCCCAUCCCAGUCUUGGGAAUAAACUGGCUGUGUUUAUGGAAUGUGCUUUUUUCCCAAACUCUCUCUCUCUCUGUGUGUUUUUUGUUUUGUUUUGGGUCUUUUUGCAAGUCUCAGGCAAGGUCUUUGAUUUUCCUGGAUGCCACCUGGAAAUGCCACCCCUUGUAUUUCUUUUCUGUCAAAUGUAAGCCCUUUAGGUGUGAUUAUACCGGUUUGAUGGCGCCAUUAUUCUGCCUGCCAGAACACGCCAGCCCCGUGUUCCACAGAGUGCGAGGCAUACCACUGGUGGUCCACAAUUUUUAAGUCGUUUAUAGACGCAACAGUAAAUGACGCUGAAUCACAGAGAACAUUUCCCCUUUCUAUUCUUUUUCAAUCUCUGUUUAGGGCUCAUGGGUCCUUAACACCUUUUUGAAAUGUUGGCUCCUUUCCUGUCUCAGGAAAGAAAGAGCAGGUCUCAGGUUCAAAGUCUUCUGUCGAGAUAGAACGUAAUACAUGGUGUUGUGGUCAUUAUGUUUAUUAAUUACCUUCCAUUUAUGGCUUCCUCUUAGGGAUUUGAUAUAUCGUUUCUGUUAAAAUAAAUUUACUUGAAAAAUAAGUGGACUCAGCAAAUAUCAAGUGAUUAACACAACAGGUGACAUGUACAUAUGGCAAAAAUGAGCUCAAGAAUAUUGGAGACACGGUGAUAACGAACUUCCUUUCCUAAGAGAAAAGGCAGCUUAUUCUAAGUGAAUGAACAUGAGGCUGAGUCAAAGCACCUGGAUGCCACGUGUGUCCCUGGCUGACUAUGCAAAUUGAUGUUAGGCAAGUUUCUCCGCCUCUCUGUGAAAUUUCUUCUUCAGGAAAAAUGGAGAUAACAACACCUGCCCACAUACCUCCGUGUUGUUAUGAGAAUGAAUUGGCAUAGAGUGCUUGUUCCUAGAUUAUUGUGAAUCUCAGGCAUUGUGAAGAUCCCGGACCCCUGCAAAAAACAGACUUUGACGGACAUCGGAUUCUGCCUGUCACUUCGCCCAGGUGUCCGUCAUGAGCCAGCACUUGUCCCAGGAGGACACUGAAUUAGGGUCAUGAAGCCUCAGCACACGGAGAUCCGAGUGCCAUUCCAGGAGAUUGGAUCCUCAUCUCUGUUUCUGACAUCGUGGGGUUUUUUUGUUUGUGUUUGGCUCCCUGAACUUUUACCCAAAUCAAAUGCAAAGGGUUGCUAAGAGGCAGAAUAAAAAUGGUUUUAAGUAAUCCUGUUUA